AUGAUUCUCCUACACCUCUAUACGUUGGUAUCAACAUUUGCCCUUUUGACAGAGGGCUUUGGGUCAUUUGAAAACAGGGACAUCGCAUCAAACGACCUUCCCGCUCAAGCUCAAAGGGUCAACCAGAAGGGCUUCAAUGUGUUGCCAACUGUAUUGCCUCCAACAGAAUCUAAUGCUACCACUUAUUUUCUCCCACCUGGUGUGGAAAAGGCAUCAUGGCUAGAGAGACCAUUCCACAUAUACGAUGACGAGUUCUUAUCCGUGAUUGGAGAAAAUCCCACAUUAACCCUCAUCGCUAACGCUGGCACGAAUCCUUUGUUCCAUGAAGCUGUCGUGUGGUAUCCACCAACGGACGAAGUCUUCAUCGCGCAGAAUGCCGGUUCUCCAGCAGCGGGUACUGGACUGAAUAAAUCCAGUAUCAUCUCGAAAAUCUCAUUGGCGCAAGCAGGUCCAGUGUCUAACAAGCGAAAUGCGACCGGGCUAGUCGAUGUGAUAACCGUCAACUCAAGCCCGAUGGUCAUUAACCCAAAAGGCGCAACUAAUUACAAAGGACAAAUUCUUUACAUGUCGGAAGGACAAGGUUCCAACACCACCGCUGCACUCGUCGUCAUGAAUCCAAGAGAGCCAUAUAACACUACUGUACUGGUCAACAAUUACUUCGGUCGACAGUUCAAUUCACUUAAUGAUAUCGCUAUCAAUACUCGAAACAAAGACCUGUACUUCACAGACCCAGAAUAUGGCUAUUUGCAAGAUUUCCGUCCCGCCCCUGGUCUUCCAAACCAGGUCUACCGCUACAACGAUAGCACAGGCGCGUUGACGGUGGCAGCAGACGGGUUCAAUCUUCCAAAUGGCAUCGUCUUCUCCCCUGAUUCAACCCACGUCUACGUGACAGACACUGGGGCCAACGGAGGUUUCUGGGGGUGGAACUUUACAGGUCCAGCCAGCAUGUGGGUGGACUUGCUUCAGCGUAAAGCUACAUGCUCACCACAAUUCAGAUAUCGAUUCGAUGUUCAGCAAGACGGCACUUUAGAGAAUAGGAAGACUUUUGCCUACAUCAACUCCGGCGUUCCAGACGGCAUUCACUGCGACUCCAAAGGAAUUGUCUAUGCUGGUACAGGUGACGGCAUCCAAGUUUGGAACCAAUCUGGAAAGCUAAUAGGCAAAAUUUACCUUGGGGAGACUUCAGCGAACUUCCGAUUCGCUGGUCACGGCCGUAUGGUGAUCGCAGCGGAGCAGGAUCUGUACUACGUUACACUGGCAGCUUCCGGUGCCGAUUAUAUUGAGCACCUGUCUUAA